GUGGGCAACAAUGCUUUCUCGUUCAUUAAUGGAAUAUAAUAUUUGUUCAUCUUGAUAGAGUUAAGUUUUCAUUUCUAUAGUGUUUUAUUUUCUCCAGUUGCAUGCUCAGUCGUUUAUUCUUUGCCGUUUGAAUCAGUAACUCUUUUCUUCCGCCUACUCAGCCACGGUACUUAAUCCUUCCGAUCACACUGCAUACAUAAUCACCAAAGGAACCCUGAAAAAUGUCUGUCCCCCAAUUAGAUUCAUGUUGCUGCGGUUGCAGCUUGAAAACAGGCUCAAAGAUCAUUGGGUGGAUAUCCAUGAUAGCCAACAUUGUCUUGGUAAUAAUAUUAGGAUUGGCUCUUGCAGGCCUUUACUACAUCGAAGAACAUCGAGAUAAACUUACUCCUGAACAUAAAGAUGUACUUGAUCACUUAUCCAUAAAGAAAUCUGCUGCCAUUAUGAUGAUAAUUAUUCAUGUCAUUGGCUGUAUUUUGUCUUUGAUUCUUCUGAUUGGAGUAUAUCAGCAAAAAGCCAAGCUGGUGCUGACGUGGGUGUUGAUCUCUUUGACUUGUGCUCUUAUUGAACAACUUAUCAUCAUAUUUAAGUUGUUUACUGUAUACCAGGCUGAAGAUAUUGGCUACAUAAUUUGGUUUUUGUUUAGGCUAUAUUUCUUCCUGGUUGUAUACAGUUUUUACCGUGAGAUCCAGAAUGUCGUGCAAGCUUGGCGGCUAACGCUUUGAUACCGCCAAUGAAGUGAAAACUGCUAUGGAGUCAUGGCUUCAUUCAUUGGUCGGAAUCUUCUGCGAAGGGGGCAUAGACAAAUUAAUCAUCCGCUACAAGUGUUUGCACAUCGGUGGAAACUAUGUUGAAAAGUAGUUUAAGGUUUUGACUUUCAUGUAGAAAUAAAAUUGUGUUGAAAAAAUUGUUUUACUUUUUUGAACAGUACUUACCUUCUGAACAUGCUUCAUACAUUCAAUUUCAACUUUCUUGAUAUGAUUAUUUUACACAGUAUGAAACAUGCUGUGUAUGGAUGGCAUACUAAAACUCUCCAAUGGAACCCGGUGUAUCUGAAAUAUUUUAUAAGGAAGAUGUAACAUAAUUUGAAUGAAUUAAGCUGUGGGUGGUAAGUAAAAUAUAUUUUAUCUUGUCAUUUUGCUCAGUUUUAAACAUUCAGUGAAAAGUAAUAUAAAGCCAAUAAACCUUUCCUUUGUGACUUUUACUUUUCCCCGCCAAAUUUAGAGAUAGAUUGUUUUACAUUUAAUUGUAUAUUGGCUUUGUAUAUCUUUAUAAACUUAUAAAUUAAUCCGCAUUAACCAGAACCCAUAGACUCAGCCACAGUCUGUGGUAUUCUUAGAUUUUCGUGUAACAAUCUAGAAGCCUGCAUAAGCUAUUGUACAAAAUAAAAUCAAUUUAAGCGUGUUUCUGAUUAGUAUUUACUCUAUAAGCCAAACAUCUAACCAAACCAGCAAAUGAAUAAUUUGGAUUAACGUGAGCUGCAUGAAAUUAUUUUGUUAUUCAAAUUAAAUUAAUUCAAAGGAAAUAUAGAAUGGGUUUGGUUUUUAAUAUAUAAAUAUUUUGUAUGAGCACCGAUAAGGAAAAUAUAUAACGGCCAGUAUUCAAUUAACGGCAGAGCACACGAAGACAGUGUUCUGGUACCACCUCCCUCAGAUAAUAAGAACUUUUGGAUAAUAAUACAGAAAACUUUCUAUUUCACUUAAGAAAUGCAUCAAAACAUUAUUUUAAGACCUUUAUAUUCCAAAUUUCCCUGGUUCCUCUUUUUUCUGAAGAGCUAAAAUACUCCCUGGAUUUCCACCUACACUUCCAGAAGUCAAACGCUGCAUAUAACAUUGUUCCAGCAAAAAUUAUAUUAACCUUUACACUGACAACAUUAUCCAUAUUUAUCCUCAAACAUGAAUCCAUAACAUCAACACUAAAGAUGGACUAUGCAAUGGACACAAAAUUAGAUAAUAUCUCUUUGUUGAAUCAUAGUCUUGUCAACCCCAUCACUACGAGUGCUCUUUCUCUUACUUUGUUUAGAUAUUGUAGUUGAACAACAUGCCUAGUCCUUCUUGUGAAAGAGCACAUGUUUUAGUUGAAUUUAAUCAUAUAUUCACAUUUGUCAAUUAGUGAUCUAAAGUUACAAAUUGUACAGAUUGUAUAUAAAAAUUCUAUUUUGUGAUAAAUGGUGACUAUGGAAAAAAUAUUCAAAACUGAUAUGUUAGAAUUACACUGCUUAUGAUUUGUACAUGAAUAAAUCUAAUUUAAACUAAAGUGAUGAAAAUAAAAAAAAAAACUCCAAAGUAUAUUUAGACUGUGGUGAGUAUGCAAAAAUAUUUAGGCUGGGCUAAGCCUAUUAGGAUUGAUACACACUUUAAUCAUGUACACGACCACCUUCAAAAAAAUACAUGGUUACUUUUAAAAGUAAACUACAUUUUAUAACAUUAACAAAUUUGGUCAAUUAAAUUUAAUCCACACAUCUGACUAUCUUCACAUGAUACCAUCAAUGUGUGACAAUUUAUAACAUUUGACCUCCUGACUCUGAACUUAAUUCACAAGACCACGUGACCACGUUCUCUCAACCCCAGACUUUCUACAUAUGACGAUCAACCUUGGGGAUAUUAAAUGAACGAGAUUACCUACAUCUGGAUUUCUACACAUAACACAACACAUCCACACUUGAGCUUUGAUAUAUAUGGUAUCACCAACGUGAGGGAAAAUUUAUUAUUAACCCAACAUAUCUGAACAGCGACCAACAGUGGGGCUAUUGAAUAAACUCAGACAUCCUGAACGUCUUCAGCCUGAAGCUUAAUAAAAUUUCCAGCUGUAUUCAUUGUUUACUUUUUUAGUGGCAGUUGCUAAGGUUAGGUGUGUUUUAAAACUCAGAGAUUUUUGUUUGUUACAAAAAUUUAUCAAAGAAUUUUUAUCAAAUUUUGUGUGAGAAAUGAAAUGAUGCUAUGAGUAAAACAAGGGUUUACAAGUGGUAUAAAUGUUUCUAAAAUGGGCGUGAAGACAUUGAAGAUGGCAAACGUUCAGGACACCCUAGUUUAUCAACAACCAAUGAAAACGUGAAAAAAGUGGAAGAAAUAGUUAUGAAUGAUUGCCAUAUUAUGAUCAAAGAAGUCACUGGUGGUAAUGGCGUAUCAGUUGUCUCAUGUCAUUAAAUUAUUUGGAUGUAGUAAGAAUAAAACAUGUGGCAGCAAAAUUUGUUCCAACAUUUUUUUUAAUUUUGAGCAAAAACAGCAGUGAAGGUAGUUGCUCAGGAGUCACUAAAUGAAGUCAGCGACGAUUCAGAAUUACUUAAACGUGUUAUAACAGGUGAAGAAACAAUGUUUAAGGAUGUGAUCUCAAAACAGGCUUAAACCUCCCAGUGUAGGCAUUCUGGAACGCCAAAACCAAAAAAGGCUAGAUAAGUACAGUUGAACGUAAAGGUUAUGCUCACUGUGUUCUUCGAUUUUAAUGGCAUAGUGCAUCAGGAAUUCUUGGCACAAGGUCAAGUGGUCAAUAAGGAGUACUUACUUACUUAUAAGUUCAACACCGUUUGUGUGCAGCAAUCUGAAAAAUCACCCAGAUUUGUGGCAUAACAAAAUCAGUCAUACAACGUUACCAUGCAGUCAUGCACAUAAUAACCUAUCACUAACAACUGACCAAUGCCAAGUAGUAAAUUUUGGCUAUCACCAUGGCAGAAAUAAUAUGAUAGCAAUCGGGAACAGUGCUGGACCUUUCUUGUUUCACUCUAACUUCUACCCACCAAAACGGCCUAAUUUCAUCUCAUCAUAGUUCAAUGAUUUCUCUGAAAACUAUAUGCAGAUUUGGUGUAUGCGAUGUUUAGUAACACAAAUCAGGUAAAAUGAAAAUUUGUCUCAGGUUAUUUUUCAAA